UGGAGUCUUCCUCCUGUUGCUACAGUAUGUGUGUGUGGUGUUGACCCCUCGCUGCCACCUGCUAUGUGACCACAGGAGCACGAGGACACACCAGGAUGUUUCCUCUGAUGAGGAUGAAGCAGCAGCAGCAGCAGCAGCAGCAGCAGCAGCCCUUCUCUGUGGUGGGCUUUUCACUCACCUGGACACUGGUGCUGUCACUCAGUGUGGGUCAGUGUAAGGAGGUGGACAACGUGGCGAGGGCACGACAGCCACCCAUGUCUCCGUCCGACUUCCUGGACAAACUGAUGGGAAGGACAUCAGGAUACGAUGCCAGGAUAAGACCCAACUUUAAAGGUCCUCCAGUCAACGUCUCCUGCAACAUUUUCAUCAACAGCUUUGGUUCCAUCGCUGAAACCACGAUGGAUUACCGCGUCAACAUCUUCCUCCGUCAGCAGUGGAACGACCCGAGACUCGCCUACGCCGAGUACCCAGACGACUCUUUGGACCUGGACCCGUCCAUGUUGGACUCCAUAUGGAAACCAGACCUGUUCUUUGCCAACGAGAAGGGAGCUCAUUUUCACGAGGUCACCACAGACAACAAACUGCUGAGGAUUUUCAAGAACGGGAAUGUUUUAUACUCCAUCAGACUCACAUUAACUCUGUCGUGUCCCAUGGAUCUAAAAAACUUCCCCAUGGAUGUUCAGACCUGUAUCAUGCAGCUGGAGAGCUUUGGUUACACUAUGAACGAUCUGAUCUUUGAGUGGCAGGAGAACGGACCGGUCCAAGUGGCCGAAGGUCUCACGCUCCCACAGUUCAUCCUCAAAGAUGAGUCAGACCUGAGAUACUGCACCAAGCACUACAACACAGGUAAGUUCACCUGUAUCGAGGUCCGGUUCCACCUGGAGCGUCAGAUGGGCUACUACCUGAUCCAGAUGUACAUCCCAUCCCUGCUCAUUGUUAUCCUGUCCUGGGUCUCGUUCUGGAUCAACAUGGACGCUGCUCCAGCCAGAGUGGCUCUGGGCAUCACCACUGUCCUCACCAUGACAACGCAGAGCUCCGGCUCCAGGACUUCACUGCCAAAGGUCUCUUAUGUGAAGGCCAUAGAUAUAUGGAUGGCUGUGUGCCUGCUCUUCGUCUUCUCUGCUCUGCUGGAAUACGCCGCCGUCAACUUUGUGUCGAGGCAGCACAAAGAGCUGCUGAGAUUCAGACGACAUCACAGGAACAAGAGCAGCAACAACAAGAACAGUGGAGGUGCAGUUGAUCCCGGUGUUCUGGCUGAUUCACUCCGUCAUGUUCACACUGACAACGGCCUCAAACCUUCGCUGUUGGGAUCAAUGAGCAGCAGCAGCAGCCACAUGGAAGGGGAAGUCCACGAGAGCCGGCUGACCUCCAAAGCGGCCGUGACCUCCACUCCCUGCAACAGCAAGGAUUCCAAGUCCGGCACCAACAACGCCGUUUCUGUACUCAACAGCGGAGGAGCCGCAGCUAAAGCUACCCACAAUGCACCUAGAGCGGCGACGGCAUCAGCAGCAUCAGUGGCAGGUGGAGGCGGUAAAAGCAUAGACGAGAUGAGAAAGUUGUUCAUCGAUCGAGCCAAAAAAAUCGACACGGUGUCGCGCGCUGGUUUCCCUCUCGCUUUUCUCUUCUUCAACAUUUUCUACUGGGUUCUUUAUAAAAUCCUCAGACAUGAAGACGUUCAUAAACUGUAGUUUUAUAACUGUACUGUAUGUGCACACACACACACUCAUUAUGUGCACACACACACUCAUUAUGUGCACACACACUCAUUAUGUGCACACACCCAUUUUCUACUGACAACCAGACCACGAUGUGAGUGAGUGAGUUGAGACCAGGACACUUUAAAGGACACGUUUGUAAAAUAUGAACAACAGCAAACAUCAGCGUUUACACUGUAAAACGGUUUAUUAUAAAUAAGGUAAAAUUAGCUUCAUGGUUUAUGGGAAAUUUGUCAAAAAAAAAAUCUUAAUCCAAUAUUUCAGCGUUUACUUUAAUCUUUAAAUUAGGAUAAACUAAAACUAAGACAAGGGCUUUGUGUUAAAUACAGAAGUAAAAAUUCAGUGUGGGAGUAAAUAUAAAAAUCUAUUAUAUUAUUUAGGUGUAAAUACUUAAAGAAUGACUUUAAGUAAACAAAUUUGCAUCCAUUGAAGAUUAUUUGUCUUAUUUCAAACUGGGCUGUUUUUGUAGUGUAAGGUAUAAACUCGACUUCUAUUAGGUUAACAUUCCUCUUUGGGCGAUGAAGAAUGUUUAAAACUAACCUGUAAAUCUAGUUUCUUACAUUUUGGACAUUUUGUUCUAGUUUUUCCUGUAAUGUGCCUUCAAAAUGAGGAAAAACAGGCCAAAAUUCCCCAUUGGCAGAUCAUUAUAUAACCAGAAAAUUAUUUCUAACACGGCUGUUUUUACAAUGAUUAAGUUUAGAUUCUUAAAUUCAGAUUCAUGGGAAGUCAUUAUUCCUCAUGCAUUGUUUAAAACUAGCCUGUGUAAUCUUGUUCCAGAUACAAGUUUGUUGUUUAUGUCUCUCUUGUGGUUAAAUGAACAGUAAGGCACAUCAUUAUUUCUUGAUCAAGAUGUGAAAUUGUAGUUAUUUACAUGUUCUAGUGGUUAUUGUUAUGUUUGACUGAUAAAAAGGGUAAUUCAUAAAUAACAUUAACAUUUUUAGGUUUGUUUUUUUAAAAGCUUUA